UUAAGUAUAUUUUGCACUACAGUGUUGCAGUACACAAUAAGAUUAGGUGUUUGUUUGUGUUGUUCUCUACAAUAUAGUUUAUUUGUUUAUUCAACAUGGCAGCAUCAGGGUCUGGUGCAGCGUCAGGGCCAGAAUUUAGGCGAAAAUGGGACCGAGAUGAAUAUGAGUCACUCGCUCAGCAGCGCUUACGUGCUGAAAGGGAUGCUGUCCAGGCACAAAACCAAAAAGCAGCUCCUGUGAAGCGCGAGCUGCUUAAACAACGAGACUACAAAGUAGAUAUUGACUCAAAGCUAGGAAAAAGUCAAGUUAUUACUAAAACCACACCAGCUUCACAGUCAGGAGGGUACUACUGCAAUGUGUGCGAUUGUGUUGUUAAGGAUUCAAUAAACUUCUUGGAUCACAUCAAUGGCAAAAAACAUCAACGAAAUUUAGGGAUGUCCAUGCGGGUUGAACGGUCUUCACUUGAUCAGGUCAAGAAGCGGUUUGAUGUGAACAAGAAAAAAAUAGAAGAAAAAAGAAAAGAUUAUGACAUAGAACAACGAAUGCAGGAAUUAAAGGAAGAAGAGGAGAAAUUGAAAGAAUACAGACGAGAGAAACGAAAAGAGCGAAAGCGAAAAGCAGAUUCUGGUAUUGAUGAGGAUAUGGGUUCGGGUGGAAUGGACCCAGAAAUGGCAAAAAUAAUGGGGUUUUCUGGAUUUUCUUCCUCCAAAAAAUAAUAUGAAUACUGUAUAUUGGAUGCAUUUUCAUCAUCAUUGUUGAGUUAAGUUGUACUACUGUAUUCACAAGUUAAAUUAAUACUGUACUUUGCAUGUUAGCUGUUACUGUAAAUAAUACUGUAGUUAUUUUAUUUACAUAUAUGAACUUUCAGAUCCCUGCAAAUUACAUCAGAAUCUGUGCGUUCAUAUAUUUAUCAUUAACAUUUUCAUUUUAAUGAGGCAAAAAAGUACAAGGUUAGUACUGUAUACAAUAGUAUACUGUACUUUUAUAAAUUGCUUUAACUCAUUUACAGGUAAUAUUUCAUUGUACUGUACUAUAUGUUGAUAUGGAUGUAAGUGUAUUGCAGAGAAAAAAUGUAAGUGCAUCUGGUAUAGCAAGUAUAAGUCUAUAAUAAAUUAUUUUGUCAA